AUGUUGACAUUGGGAACCCUCCUUCUGGGCCUCACGUUCGUCGCGUGCGCGGUUGGCCAGACAAAGAUCGCAUUCACCUCCGUACCUGCUAUCGCGGUGGCCGGCGAGUCGUACAACAUCACAUGGGGAGGUGGUGAUGGCUCACCCGUCACAGUCACUCUUCGAGAAGGGGACCCAGAUGAUCUCAAGACUGUUACUACCCUUGCGGACGGAGUGACAGAUGAGUUCUUCCUCUGGGAUGUGUCAGAGUCACUCGCUGCUGCUUCGGACUAUGCCCUCCAAAUCACCCAGGGUCAGGACGACAUCAACUACAGCGGCCUCUUCUCCAGCACCGGAGGCAGUAGCACACCAAGAAACUCGUCCACGAGCGCGACGACGACGACAGCAGCAGUAGUAGCGGGCAAUUCUACCUCCAGCGCGACAGACGUCGGCACAUAUGCUUCGGCUGGGACAGGUACUGCGCUGCCUCGAAACACCACAUUCAGGUAA